AUGGUAAUCAUAAUAAUGAGUCGUGGAUAUGAUAAAAAAAGAAGAAAAAAAAACAAAUAGUUCUCUCUUAUCAGAUCUGUCUUUUUUCUGUUACUUUUCAUACAUACAUCUAUAAAAAGCGUGUCGUGGCUAACAAAUCAUUCAGUGCCAUACAACAAGUGCGACGCAAAUCUUCGGGAAUCACAAAAUGAAAGGGAUAGCGAUUAAAAAACCUUACUGGACAAGGGGCGUUAGCGGCAUGGCGUGUGUAGAAAGUGUUAUUUUUUUAAUCGUAAUGACGUUUUUGAUCACGAGCAGCGAGGCUGUAAAUGUUGCAUUGUCUUAUGCUUACGAGCCGAAUGUCACAGCUCUGUCCAAAUUCGAUUGGGCCGUUGUUGACGGGGAUGCCAACUUUGAACCACCAAAAGGCGGCAAUUCUGCAAAUCGCACAGUUUGGCUAUCAUACGUGAGCGUGGGUGAAGUGCAAUCCCACCGUCCGUUUUUCAAGCAAAUGCCACGCAGCUGGUUGAUUGGCAAAAAUGAUGCAUGGGAAUCGUAUGUUAUCAAUCAAACGGCACCCGGAUGGACAUCGUUUUUUGUCGAAAAAGUAGCUACACCGUUUUGGAACCGUGGAUUCAAAGGAUUCUUUCUCGACACGUUGGACUCGUAUCAAAUUGUGGCCAAGACGGAGGCACAACGCCAGGCACAAGAAAAUGGACUUGCCCAAACAAUUCUUGCAUUGAAGCACCAAUUUCCAAAUGCAAUCCUGAUUAUGAAUCGUGGCUUUGAGAUUAUGUCUCGAGUGCAUCAGGCCGCAAAUAUGGUGGCAUUCGAAUCACUUUACGCCGGAUGGAAUCAAGCAAAACAAAAGUAUAUGCCAGUAAGUGAAAACGAUCGAAAUUGGCUAUUGGCUCAGGUGCAAGGAAUUAAAACACAAUAUAAUCUGCCAAUAUUGGCGAUUGACUAUUGCCCACCAAAGAACAUGACGUGCGUCCGAACAACUGUCAAUCGCAUAAUCCAACAAGGAAUUGUGCCCUAUGUAACUGAUCCACAGCUGCAGACCGUUGGUUACGGUCCACAAAACCUGAAUCAAACUCAUUAAUCUAAAACUUGAACGUUGUUCAAGCGAUUCUCCAGCAUUUUUAAAUGAAAUUUAUGAAAUAAAGUAAAUGAUAUGCGAAGAA